UUGAAGGACGCAAAAAGGUCCAUCGCACCAGGCCUCCCGAAGGACGGCGUCGACUCGCGCUCCCUCCUCCGAGGAUGUGGGAGGUUGCGGGAUGCGCGCUGGGGGCUUCGGGACCGAGCGUCCCCGACACUGCAGGGGACACGGGAGCCCGAGUCUCCACCGCCCCGGCGGCGGGGCGGGGGCGGCGGCAAGCCUCGCAAGGCUGCGGCCGCACAGGAGCCCAGCCCUGGAGCAAGGGGUCGGCCCGACGGCUCGCAGCCCCGCGCGCCCCCCGCGCCCCCGCGCGAGCGCGAGCCGCCGGCGGAAGUGCUGCGUCGCGCACUUCCGGGUGUUGUCUGGCCGCCGCUGCCGCGCGUCUCCCGUCUCCCGGCUGCCGCCGCCGCCGCCUCGGGUCCCGGAGACAGGAGCGACGUCACCGCCAUGGCCGGCAUCAAAGCUUUGAUUAGUUUGUCCUUUGGAGGAGCAAUUGGGCUGAUGUUUUUGAUGCUUGGAUGUGCCCUUCCAAUAUACAACCAAUACUGGCCCCUCUUUGUUCUGUUUUUUUACAUCCUUUCACCUAUUCCGUACUGCAUAGCAAGAAGGUUAGUGGAUGAUACGGACGCUAUGAGUAACGCCUGUAAGGAGCUUGCCAUAUUUCUUACAACAGGCAUUGUGGUCUCAGCUUUUGGACUCCCUGUUGUGUUCGCUAGAGCACACCUGAUCGAGUGGGGAGCUUGUGCACUUGUCCUCACCGGAAACACAGUCAUCUUUGCAACCAUCCUGGGCUUUUUCUUGGUCUUUGGCAGCAAUGACGACUUCAGCUGGCAGCAGUGGUGAAAAGAAUUACUGAACUCUUGUCAGAUGGACUUCUUGUCAUUUCUCAGCCGUCGGCACACACAGGAGAUGGGGCAGUGAUACUGAGCUAUGGAGCAAGCCUCUUGGGGGUGUUCUAGGUGCUCCCUUCUCGCUUGUAUUGUAAGCAUACUAUUUUCACAGAGACUUGCUGAAGGAUUAAAAGGAUUUUCUCUUUUGGAAAAGCUUGA